AUGUCCUGUCCCGACUGCUUCCGCGGCGCCAUCCACGGCCACGCCGAGCCCACGGGCAAGAUGGAGACCGUCCACGGCAUCCAGACCUACGUCGCCGGCGGCAGCGACCCGGCGCGGUCCAAAUCCACCAUCGUCUACCUGCCCGACGCCUUCUCGCUGAAGCUGGUCAACAACAAGAUCCUGGCCGACAAGUACGCCUCGGCGACCGGCUGCCGCGUGCUGAUCCCGGACGUCGUCUACUCGGGCGGCAUGCCCGUGUCGGUGCUGGAGAAGAUGGAGUCCCUGAUGGGCAGCUCGCUGAGCGUCAUCAACUUCCUACCCAAGGCCUACACGGUUCUGACUCUCCUCCCGCACGCUGUCCCCUUCAUGAUCUGGGGCCAUCCGAAGAACCCAUACCCGACCAUCCUGAAGUUCGCCCGCGACGUGCGCGCCGAGCUGCCGGCGGGUGGCAAGCUCGGCGUCGCAGGCUUCUGCUGGGGCGCGUGGCCGGCCACGAAGCUGUGCACGGAAUCCGCCGUCAAGGGGGAAACGGGCCAGCGUCUGAUCGACGCCCAGUUCAACGGCCACCCGUCGUACAUCAUCAAGGAGCCGCACAUGGUGGUCGACGCGGUCAAGGCGUUCAAGACGGCCUACGCGUGCGCCGUCGCCGAGAAGGACUUUCAGUUCAACGCCGACGUCGCGGCCAAGACCGAGGCCCAGCUGCGCGACGCCGUCGGCGGGAGCAAGGGCGACGGCGAGGGCGGCUACAACUACGAGUUUCGGAUUUACAAGGGCGCCACCCACGGCUUCUGCGUCAAGGCCCGCGAGCAAGACAUGCAGCACUACCACGACGCCGCGAAGCAGGCUACCGAUUGGUUCAACAAGUAUCUGAACUGA